UCCUUUGUCAGCAUAUAGGUGUAAACACAUCUUUCAAAGCUCUAAGAUGUUAGGGUUUUUCGUUGUUGUUUUGCAUGCUUUGCACAUAGAAGUAAUUGACAGUUUCUUUUUGAAUGAAGAGGAAGACGGUAAGGUCAUUUGUGCAAUUUCGUCAUUAUUUUCCAUUGUAUCGGAGUACGGUGUGCUUUGCAAGAUGUUGUCAUCUUUGGCACCUGCCCUCUCAAGGCGAUAGCACUCCCUGGUCAUCCCAGUCACUGAAAGCCACUUCGCCAGUGUGCAGAAACUUUUGUCGGGGAGGAGAUUUGAUACCACCAUUAGGAACUGUAAGCCCAGAGUGAUGGAGGAAUUGUUUAUAAGGGUGGCAAUGACCAAGAUGUUUGACCUUGAGAGAGGAGUAGGGUUUUAAAGCCAGGGAAAUCGGAACCCAAACAGCACUGUAAAGGAGGGAGUGACGUCAUAACAUCAUAUAGACUGACUGAUGGAGUAGUGUGCCAGAGCUGUAGCUAGCAAUGAAUUUAGAUAGAGCGGAGUUAGUGGAGGACUGCUAGGAAGUUGUCUGACAUAGGUGAGGGCAGACACAAGGGUGUCAUUUCACUGCCUAAUGCUUGCUGUCUACUACCAGCAAACUAACUUUCCAAAACUUCACUCUCUUCAACAGUCUACUUAAUAUCACCUUGACUUUGUGCUCAGGGCAUUUUGUCUCAUUGAUUCAUCUAACUUUCUUUCCAGGUCUUACUGUUAACUAGGUAUGGCUGGCUGGCUGAACCCCUCCUUGUCAGUAUACUUACUUCGUGUUUUCAAGAGUGUCAGCGUAUGUAGACCCAGCAUCAUUCAGCCUAAACCACUCCUACUCAGAGGCCACUGGAACUGAUUUGGAGGUUUCCCCCCAGUGCUCAUUGCAGACUGGAUGUGACUUCUCAGGCUUCCUACCCUGUUUUUCUGAACAGUUUUUAUUCUUAGGGGCUAUGUGAGAUGCAGUCCUCACAGUAUUUUUAUGCCUCCAAAGCAGGCUUUUGUCUUUGGGUCAGCCAGUGUCAGUACAGCUGUGUGUUAAAGUAUUUGAUAGGGAAUCAGUACUGAGCUCCCUGAAAACUUAAAUCCUGUUCUGCAUUUAUAGAGUUUUAUAUUUUUAACCAAUCAAAUAUUUUUAUGUGCUUCAGUACCUGUAUUUACUCAUUUUGGAGGUGAAAUGUCGGUAUGUGUGUAUUUCUGUCUUACCAUGCCUAGUAGAAUAUUCAGAGCACCUACUUAGUAUUUUAUUUUUUAUUUAUUUUAAUUUUUUUGGUUUUUUCUAAGGUAUUUUAUUGUGUUGGUAUGCAAAUUCUUUGAUUGUGUAUUGAUAAUUUAUAAAUUGCAAAUAAAAUCAUAACCAAAGUGAGGCAUAUAACAGAAACAAAUGCAAAAGAUAUCUGAACAAAUAUUUUUUGUCCAAAUCACACAGUGUUUCUAUGAAAAUGAGGAAAGAAGACAAAAUAAUUAGUAAAUUGGACUAUAAAAUAGGCUUAAAAUGAUUAAAGAUACAAAUCUUUAAUUUAUAUUUAACACUCUAAAAAGAACAUGACCUUAUAGAAAUAAAAUAUUUGAAACACAACAGAAAUUUUUCAGGAAAUGAAAAUAUAAACAUUAAUAUAUUGUAUGAACUAAAGUACCAGGUAUUGGGUCACAUAGUAGACCCUCUAAAUGACACUGCUGUUGAUUAUGUUCUAAGGUGACAGUCAGGCUCAACCCAGGCCAGACUCUAACCAAAUCCCAGCCUCAGCAUUCCUCAGAAAUCUUGUGAUCCCAAUUUCUGUUUGUCAGGAGAGCCACUGCUUCCCUUCUGUUCCUCUAAACUGGUGGUAUAAAGGGUGUCUAGUUCCCAAUUGACCCAAACAGCCUUUGUCAGCUCAAAGUCCACACCCACCGACUCACAUGAAAUCUGCUUGUUUUCCCACCAAGCCACUAUUCUCUGCUCUCAUGAGGCAACCUCUCAGUUUGUUCCCUAACCAGCCUUUCCUCCCCCCUGGAGUAGGGGUAGCUGGAAGAGCUGAAGAAAAGAAUGGUAAAAAGAAGGGGAGGUCUGAAAGAGCUAGCCUAGAGCAGGAAGUGGGUUUUUAAAGAGAAUAUGAAAGGAAGAUUAGGAGACAAGGAGAAUAAUAAAUCUAAAAGAAAGGAAUAUGAGAUUUUAUAAAGUAGAAUAUUCAAAGAAAAUUUCAGAAGUGCAGAAGGUGUAUAAACUAUUGGAAUCAUGAAAUCAGAGCUUGUAAUAUGAUAAAUAAAGCCAGACUUAUAGGCAGACUUAUAAGCAGGCUAAGCUUAGAAAUGCCAAAGAUCUUGAAAAGUAAGGAGAAGGAAGAACUAUCUACUAUCUGCUAUCGUCCUACUUAGUAUUUUAAAUUUUGACUUUUUUCCUUAUCAAUUUCUGGUGACCAUGUCCACACCACUGCUUUGUCUUGUUAACCACAGAGAGCGCUGUCCAGGGCACGCCUGCAUCCAAGGACAUCUCCCAGAUGGCCUUCUUGAGCUUCACUUUGCCUUUUCCAAAUAGUGAAUCUCAGUGUUAAAAUGAAUGAAUGCAGCCUUGUUUCAAUUAGACAGCAGUAUUGGUGUCAGGGUAUUUCUUUCAAAAAGAGUAAGAGUUGACAAAUUUCGGUCCUUUGUAGUUUUCAAACUUUUUCUUCUAUUUUUUCUCAUUACCCUUUGUUCAAAUGAACUUCUACCUACGAUGUCACUGUACAUUUCUUCUGAAGGGAAGAGACAGAGGAGAAAAGUGGUCCAGAGCCCCACCUUGGACUCUCUCCUCCUCAUCCCCACCCAAUGCAGCUCAAGAAUCCUUAAACUCAGCUCUCUUAAAAUGCGUUUUAAGGAACUUCUUUUGUGAUAUCUCACCUAGGAACAUGAUCUAAAAGCAGGAACUACUGAUGGUAACGUGGUUUUGAAGUACAAAGGAAAACACUGGGAUACCGUUCUUGUUUCAGCAAUAAAAGAGUUAAUACACAGAGCAGUGGAGGCUGCAAUUCUGCAGCGGGAUAGUGCUCUCAGUCUCUGUCAUUUGUGGUUUAGAAAAGGGGGUGGUGUUCUGCAUUUGAAAGGACUUUAAUGAAUGCCGUCAGUGUUUGCUAGAGCAAGGGUCUGUAUGGGAAAGGGGAGCUGAGAAAGUGCUGUGGCUGCUUCAGGAUAGGUGGAUCGGAGUUUGCUCUGAUUGAACGGAAUGUUCCACCGCCGCGGUUCAUCUUUAUUCAUUAUCCUUUGUUCUUUAUAGUCUGAUAUACUGGGAUGAAAGUAAAUGUAGAUAUAUAUAUGAACGAUUUAUUUUCCUUUGGAGCUGUUUGUUGUAUCCAGCGGGAAAUAGACUUCUCUUGUCUUGGUUGGAUGCACAAAUCUGUGUGCCGUGCUUUUUGCCCGUUGCCUAGACGAUCACUUGGUUUCUCUGAGGAUGUCUGGUUCUCGUAAAGAGUUUGAUGUGAAACAGAUUUUGAAAAUCAGAUGGAGGUGGUUUGGCCAUCAAGCAUCAUCUAAUUCUUCAGUUGACAGCCAGCAAGGAGAAUUUUGGAACCGAGGACAGACCGGAGCAAACGGUGGGAGAAAGUUUUUAGAUCCAUGUAACCUACAAUUGCCUUUGGCUUCAAUUGGUUACCGAAGGUCCAGCCAACUGGAUUUUCAGAAUUCACCUUCUUGGCCAAUGGCAUCGACCUCUGAAGUCCCUGCAUUUGAGUUUACCGCAGAAGACUGUGCUGGUGCACAUUGGCUGGAUAGACCAGAAGUGGAUGAUGGCACUAGUGAAGAGGAAAAUGAAUCUGAUUCCAGCUCGAGCAGGACUUCCAAUAGCAGUCAGACACUGUCAUCCUGCCAUACUAUGGAGCCAUGUUCAUCAGAUGAAUUCUUUCAAGCCCUUAACCAUGCAGAGCAAACAUUUAAAAAAAUGGAAAACUACUUAAGACAUAAGCAACUGUGCGAUGUCAUUUUAGUCGCUGGCGAUCGUAGGAUUCCAGCUCACAGGCCGGCUGGAACUAAAAGAAGAUAACAUCGAGUGCCUGCUGUCUACAGCAUGCCUUCUCCAGCUUUCCCAGGUUGUGGAAGCAUGUUGUAAAUUUCUAAUGAAACAGCUCCACCCAUCCAAUUGCCUUGGAAUUCGUUCUUUUGCUGAUGCCCAAGGCUGCACUGAUUUGCAUAAAGUGGCCCACAAUUAUACUAUGGUAUGUAUUUUUUUGAAAAUCAGAAAGUUAUGUCCUCCUUGCCCCCAUUUCUUACCUUCGAAAUCGUAUCUACAUGUUGCUGGUUUCAUGUGGUUUUGCCACAAUUACCCGCUCAGCCAAAUAGACAACGUAGGUGCCCCAGCCACGUUAAGCACCCCUCAGUCCUUCACACUCUGUUACUGUGCCUCACCUCUUCCCCUUCUCAAGUCCUUCCUUCUUUCCUGUCCGCUUGUAGGUGUGGCUGUAUUGGAAGGUCCCAUGUAUGCAGUAGGAGGGCAUGAUGGCUGGAGCUAUCUGAAUACAGUGGAGCGAUGGGACCCUCAAGCUCGCCAGUGGAAUUUUGUUGCCACUAUGUCCACCCCCAGGAGCACAGUAGGUGUGGCAGUACUAAGUGGAAAACUUUAUGCAGUUGGUGGUCGCGAUGGGAGUUCUUGUCUCAAGUCAGUAGAAUGCUUUGAUCCUCACACUAAUAAAUGGACACCGUGUGCCCAGAUGUCAAAAAGGAGAGGCGGCGUAGGAGUGACAACAUGGAACGGACUGCUGUAUGCUAUUGGAGGACACGAUGCUCCCACAUCCAACUUGACUUCCAGACUUUCAGACUGUGUGGAGAGGUAAUUUCCUGUGAAGGAAAAC